CUCCUCCCUGCCUCGCUUCCGCUGGGCGGGGAGCGCCGCAGCGCGCAGGCACCGCUAGGGCGGGGCGGGACACGGCGGCGGAGGUGAGCGCCUUCCUUCAGCCCACGAUGAAAACAUGUUUAGAAAAGGAAAAAAGCGACACAGCAGCAGCAGCUCACAAAGCAGCGAGAUCAGUACGAAAAGCAAGUCUGUAGAUUCCAGUCUUGGGGGACUUUCCAGGUCCAGUACUGUGGCAAGUCUUGAUACAGACUCCACAAAAAGCUCAGGACAGAGCAAUAGUAAUUCUGAUACAUGUGCAGAGUUCAGAGUUAAGUAUGUUGGCGCCAUUGAAAAACUGAAACAUAAUGAGAGCAAAAAUCUAGAAGGGCCAUUGGACUUGAUAAAUUACAUAGAUGUUGCCCAGCAAGAUGGAAAGUUACCUUUUGUUCCAGGUGAAGAGGAGUUUAUAAUGGGCGUUUCCAAAUAUGGCAUCAAAGUUUCAACAUCUGACCAGUAUGAUGUCUUACACAGGCAUGCUCUCUAUUUAAUUGUACGGAUGGUUUGCUAUGAUGAUGGUCUGGGAGCAGGAAAAAGCUUACUGGCUUUGAAGACAACUGAUGCAGCCUCUGAAGAAUGCAGCCUCUGGGUAUAUCAGUGCAGUAGUUUGGAACAAGCACAAGCUAUUUGCAAAGUGUUAUCCACAGCCUUUGAUUCAGUUUUGAUGUCGGAGAAGUCCUGAUUUUCUCCAGCAGCACAGGACUGUGCAGUACAAGAGGCCUUUGUGAGAGGAGGACAUGGGGCUCUGUCACACUGCAGGCUGGCUGCAGCCACACACAAACUCAGAAAAGACUUGCUGUGGAGAGGAGAACGUGCAACAAUGUUUGUGGUACUUCAUCAUUCCCCAGAUGUGACUUGAAGAAACUAUUCCACCAGAGUUGUUUCCAGAACAAUACAGAAUUUUAUAUUUAACAUGGAUUUUUUUUUUUCUAAAUCAUGUUUUGUAUAUUGAUGUAGAAAUGUAAAAUAAAACUGACACUUGCUUCUA